AUUGAAAGUGUAUGGCAAAUUAUCAAUUACAUAGCUGAUAAAAAUGACGAAAAGUAUAAAAAAUUCAAUACAAAUGUCCGUGAUUGUAAAUUUGUACCACUUGUUGGGCUCGCAGCGCGAAUUGACAAAGUAUCAGAGAAUAAAGGAAGGCUUUAUUGUUUCCUUCCUUUACCAGAAAUAGAGGAUGACUUCUCAAUUUCGAUCAAUGGUUGCUUUGCCGUCAGCAAAAAUAGAAGACAUUUGGAAAGUUCCACGCAUGAAGAUUUGGCGUCAGAUGAUCUAUUACUCCGUAAAGGACUAUGGAAUAAAUAUUUAUUUGAAAAUGUUAUCCCAAUAGCAUGGAAAAAAUUUUUGUCCGAAGUGAAAAAUUACGUGUCAUUUGAACAAAUCUAUACACUUUGGCCAAUACCCUCCCAUGGAUCCUCCAAGAAUUUGGAUGUGAAACAUUGUCUAUGGGCCAAUCUUUUGCAGAAUGUCGUCGAUCAACUGGAUAUUAAUCUAGAAAUUUUUCGUGGUCCUUUAGAUUAUUUAUCAAUUAAUAAUGGAUAUUUUGCUGACAAAACUUUCAGCAAAUCACCAGAUUUAUUAAAAUUACUGGCUAAGUUAAAAUUUCCAGUUAUUGUGGAUAUUCCAGAAUCAAUCGUAAUUAAAUUAGAACAAAGUACUUUAAGAAAUCAAAUGAACUUCAUUACGCCUGAAAAAGUUUGUGAACAUCUUAGCGUUACCUACAUGCAUGCCGACAGUUAUAUUGAUUUUAAUGAUACUGAAAAGUUGCUCUUAUUGGAGUAUAUUCUUAGAGUUAAAGAUGUCAAUAAACUUCACGGGCUUCCUCUUCUUCCGGUCGGAAUUAAAACUUUCACCACUUUCAAAUCUCGGUGUCACAAUGAAUUUUAUUACAUUGCUAGCAAAAAAGAACACACGUUUAUUGAUAAAAAUUUCAUGAAAAAACUCGUGGACAGCACAAUUGGAAAAGAGCUUUUAAGAGUAUUACAUGAUUAUGCGGUAUAUAAUAAAGAUAUUAAUAUACAAAUUCUUUCAGAUGAAGUAUUUGCUAAAAUUCUCAAUAAAAAUAUAAUGUUUUAUAAAGUUGAAAAUUCUGAAACCGUCUUAUCAUCUCUUGAACUACAUAGUUCUUUCCCAUCAAAUCUUGUUCAAGCCAACCUUACUUAUGAUCAGAGAAAUAAAUUAACUCGUUACCUUGGUGAUUUGAAGCACGAGACUUACUACACAAUGGCUGCAAAUGUAAUAAAAUAUAUUCCAAUAUUUACCGAAGUGAACAGUACAAAUAUUAUAAAUAUUAGUUCAUUAAUUGAAUCUAAAAAAGAUUAUUUUUUACUUCCUAAAGAGGAUGAACGAUCUUGUGGUCGCAUUAUUUCACCUUCGACAUUUUUGGAAACUCGUACUUCUGAAGAUCUCCGUUUUCUUCUUGAAGAAGUACUCAAAGUUCGACGAUUGGAACAAGAAGAAUAUUGGAAAGAACAUGUCAUUAAGUAUUUAAAUUCACAAGAACCAAAAAUUAUGGAUGAGGUCAUAAAAGAACUUUUUAAGCGGUGGGAAAUUAUCGUUAAUGUAAAGGAAGAACUUAAAGAAAUAGAAUUCGUUACAACAACUUCAACUAAGAAACGGAGACCAAUUGAUAUUUUUAUUCCAUAUAAACAACUAGAAGAUUUUUUUUAUUCAGAUGAAUCAUUUUUUCCAACUGAUAAAUAUCGAACAGAUUAUCAUAAAUUACUUGAAUUGGGAAUGAAAGAAUUAAUGACUAUUAAUGAUGUAAUCGAUCGUAUAAAAAUAUAUACCUCAGAUAAUUAUAAAAAUGGGACGUAUAAAAAAUCCCUUUUAUUAUUAAGAUAUAUAGACAACAAUUAUGACGCCCUUAAUAAUGGCAAUAAUUCACGCAAAUUAUGGGAAGAAAUUACAACAAAAGCAUGGAUACCAGUCAAAAAUCCACAUGGGCAAUAUGCAUUUUCAAAAUUUUCAGAUUGUCGAGAUCUAUUACAUGCACUAUUUGUCUCUUGCGAAAUGCCAAUAGUUAAUUAUUUAAUUAAAAAUAAUAAUUUGCGCAAAAUCUUUAAAUGGGAUAAUAAUCCAUCAAUAAAUACCAUGAUAAAUCAGCUAUUUCAAUUAUUAAAAAAAUUUGAGAUACAAAAAAAGAAAGAAACAGAAGAUAAUAUUAAUAAAAUUUAUGAAUAUUUAAAUAACACUGUUGAUAAUUUCAUUGACUUUUUAAAGGAUAAAUUGUCAGAAGCAAAAUGGAUUCUAAAUGACGACAAAAUUUAUUCAACAGACACGUUAGUAUUUACUCUUCCAAACUGCCUUAUAGGCUUUAAAUGGAAUCCGGUUUCGAGACAUAAUAGAAAAUAUUACCAAAUACUUCUUGAAAAGCUUGGUGUUAAAGAAGAGCCUAAGACUUCUGAUUGUUUAGAAAUACUACGAAAUUUAAGCUUUAAGGAUAAAAAGUUUAAGAUAAUAGAAAUACUUGAAUAUUUAUCACACAAAAAUGAGGAUUUAAAAGGACUAUUCAUUCCGAAUAUGCUUAGUGAAAUGAUAGUUCAUGAAAACAUUCUUUAUAAUGAUAUUACUGACCAUGAGGAAUUAGUAAAAGAAAAUAGGAAUAUUCUAACGCAUCCUGAAAUUUCGAGUGAGCUAGCAAAAAGACUAAAGAUUAAAAAUUUCAGUGAAAAUUUUUUAAUAAAUAAAAUUCGUACUUUUGAUGCAGAAAUAACAGCAUUAUUUAAAAAAACUCUUGAAGGAUUUGGCCGUGAUGAAAUAGUAUUUCGAGAAUUUCUCAAAAAUGCAGAUGACGCAGGGGCAACACAAUUUUGUAUUAUCCUCGAUGAUAGUGAUUACAGAGGCUCUAAAUCAUUAAUAAAAAAAGAAAUGGACAGUUGGCAGGGACCUGCAAUAUGGUUAUAUAAUAAUAAAUCAUUUACCGAAGGUGAUUUCAAAUCAAUUAUCCAUGUUGAUUGCAACAAGAAACCAGACAAAAUCGGAAAAGAUGGACUUGGAUUUAUUUCAUGUUAUAAUUUAACAGAUUUACCACAAUUUAUAUCAAGUGAUAGAAUUGUAUUUUUCGACCCUCAAAGAAAAUUUCUUCCUGACAAUAAAUGUGGUAGUAUAUUCUAUUUUGACGAUUACUGUAAUGAAGAUCAAAGACAUGUCUUUAAUAUAUUUAGAAAUCAAUUUGAACCGUAUUUAAACCUUAAUGGAGAUAUAUUUGAACUUGACUUUAAUGAUAAAAAAUUCAAAGGAACUUUAUUUAGAUUACCACUUAGAACAGCAUCGAGUGAAAUUUCUGAUAAAAUAUAUAAAAUUGAUGAUAUUAAAAAAGUAUUGGAUAAUAUAAAGAAGAAUGUAACUUCUGAGUUGAUUUUUCUACGAAAUAUAGAAUCUAUCGAAGUUUACCGAAAAAAAGGUCCGCAUGAGAAUGCACAAAUUAUAUGGAAAGUUGAAAUUAAAAAGAAUGAUCCAGGCCGCAAAUUCUAUGGAGAGAAAUUGCAAGCAUUUCAAAUUGAUACACAAUUCACUGAAGGAGAUGAUUUAAACAGUAAAAAUUGGCUUAUAUGUUCCGGAGUAAAGACCUUUGGUUCAAAUUAUGAAUUUUUACCAAGUGAUACAUGGGGUGGAGUAGCAGCAGCUAUUUCAGAAAACUCAUUAGUUUAUGAAAAACAGCCCAAAAAUGGACAAUAUCAUUCACAUAUUUCUCUUAACUCCACAGGACUGUCUAUAAAUUUGCAUUCAAAUAAUUGGAAACUUUCACCAGAUCGAACUAGACUUGAUCUAAAUGAUACAGAGGCAUUACAAAACAUGAACAUUUUAACAGAAGUUCUUCCUCAACUUCAUGUAAAAUUUUAUAAAGAAUAUUUAAGAAGGCAACAAAAAGACAAUUUGCAAGUUAUUUCCAAAUUUUGGCCUUUUGACUCUAAAAUACCGGAUAAAUAUGGACAAAAAGUGCUUGAACUUGUGGCACGAGAAACUCACAAAAUAUUUUGGUCACCUUCUGAAGGUGGAUCAUAUAAUAGUUUUAAACACUGCUGUUUUAUAAACGAAAAAACGCCAGAAAAUAUUGCCAACUUCCUUAAUGAAGAAUAUCCUACAGUCUUAUUAGACCCUGUACAUUUAGAAAAAUUAGAAACUUAUGGAUUUAUACCUCAAAAAAUUAAUUCGCAAUUUGUAAGAAGCAUUUUGAAAGGUAAUAGAGUUGUAUUAGAUCCAUCCAAUUUAGACCUUCAAUUUUCUCUAUUAAAUUAUAUUCUUGAAGAUGAAUGUUAUGCAGAGCUUGAAGGCAUCGCGCUAGUUCCAUUAUUUAAAGAUAGAUUUGCUACAUUUCUUAGAAGUAUGAACUAUUGUAUUGCUUCAUUAGAACAAUUUGAAUUAUUUCCUAAUGCCGGACCAGAUCAUUUUAUUUCUGCUGAAAUAUUAAAAAGAAAAAAACUAUACGAAAAAUUCACUGAUAAAAAAUUCCUUACAGCUACAAAUAUUAAAAUAUUUAGUGAACUAUCUAUUAGAGACUUUUUAAUUAAAGAAUUAGAUAAGGUGUUUGAGCUAGAUUGGGAGCCUAAUUCAAGCUCAUUCCCAAAUAAAGAAUGGCUUAACGAAAUAUGGAAGUAUAUUUUAAAUAGUUCCUUGGAACCAUUUAAAUCAUUCCCUUUAUUAGAAGUAUAUAAUCCGAAUAGUCAACAUAAGCUUAUUAGUUUGGCAAAUGCAAAACAUAAACCUUUAUUAGCCUAUUCUGAUUCUACAAAAGAUAUACGUAUAAUUGAAGCAUUGGCAAAUAUUGGAAUUCGGUUCACCACACGUCAAUGUAAUGAGAAGCUUAAAGAAUAUAUUUUAACAUUAGAGCCGGAAAAUAUCUUAUCUAUGAUUGAAAAAUAUCAAUGCCACGAUAAACUUUCAAACGAUAAUGAAGCAAAAGAGAUCCUGAGUCAAUACUUUUGUCAAAAUUUGUCUUUAAUACAUAAUGUAGCUAAUAAAUUGAAAGAAUUACCCAUAUGGCCAACAUAUACUGUGAAUGCUGGAAAUAUAAUAUAUAAAUCUAUUUUAGAUGAUAAUGCAUAUUUAAUACCGACAAGACCAAGUUCAUCUAAACCAUUUACGUUUUAUCCGCCAAAGGAAUGCUGCACUUGUUAUUAUAAUACAACAAAUCGACCAAAUAUGCGUGAACUAUUAGAAUCUUUAUCCGCUAAAAAACAAAAUAAAUUGCUAUAUAUUAAGGAUGUCAUUGUUUCCGAUAUUUCAAUUCCUCAGAAUAUGCAAGAUGGCUAUUCGCAAUUCUUGAUUGACAUAUUCUCCGAUGACGAUAGCAUUAAUGAAAUUAAGAAUUAUAUAAAAGGAUUAAAAGCUAUUCCAAAUAAAGUCUUUAAACUUUGCUAUGCAGAGGACUUAUUUGAUGAAGACAAUCCUCUGUUUAAGUGUGUUUAUGAAGAUUCUAAUCUAUUUCUUCCAAGCAUUCUCCAAAAUAAUCAAAAACUCAAAGAAGAACUUAGGAAGAUAGGUUUUAAUCGUGAUGUUACCCCUGAAAUAUUUAUUAAAUGUGCGGAAGAGAUCCAAGUCAAUUUUAAGCGUGAAAAUGAUUUAAACAAGAAAAAGAAAAUUAAAAAUUCAGCAAACACAACAGUUUGCUAUUUUUAUGAAAAUCAAUCAGAGUUAAAUUUUUCGGAAGCCAAUUGGAAUAAAUUAUCAAAAAUUAAAUUUGUUCCAACCUCUAAAAAAGUUUUGAAAGUUCAAUACAAAUAUAGUCGUAAUUACAAUAGUGAAAAGUUACAAAGUUUUGAAAAUUUAUGUCUUUCAAAAUACAAAAACCUUGCAUGGACUCAAUUAUCAUUCUUUAAAAAUGAACCAGAUGAAGAAGUUUUAAAAAAUUAUCAUAGUCUUGGUUUGCCUACCAUUAAAACAAUAAUUAAUCAUUUAAAAACAAUUCAAGAAGAAGUUUCUAAAUCAGAUGAAUGGAAACAAAAAGAUAUAAAUGGUUGUUUGCUAUUUGAGAUAAUCAAAGAUAUUUAUAAAGAAUUGAACUCACGAUGUACUGAAAAUACAAAAGAAAUGUAUACUUGCUUUCCCAAAGAUGUUCCUCUAUUUUUGAAUAGUACUAAUCCAUUUGAUUCACCAAGUUGGGUUAUUGCUUCACAUCUUGAUAUAAAUAUUAAAAAAGACUAUAGUCCGAAAAGAAGAUCUGUUACUGAAUAUCUUCGAAAAUAUGAAAAACUUUUGACUUUAGUUGGAGUAAAUUUAGUAGAAAUUUCUGAUUGGUUUAAACCUAAACCUACUGUAUAUAGUUCUCAACAAUUGUCAAAGUCAAUUAUAAAAUUUUUAGAAGAAGGAAAGAAAACAAAGUUCAACAAUGUUUUAUUUAAAGUUAAAGAAGAAAAAUUUUAUGCAAAUUCAUCAAUAUUAGUUUGUGUAGCACCGUAUUUUGAAGAAAUAUUUUUCGAACAGGAAGAGAUAAUAUAUAAACUAACAUAUGAUGAUAUUGAGCCUAACUCAUUCAAUAUAUUAUUAAAUUGGUUAUAUGGUAAACCUUUCUCACAGGCUAUUCAUUGCAAUGGAAAGGCGAAAUAUAAUGAUGGAUUUUUUCAAAUAUGCAAAGAUCUACUAUUAGCAUCUGAAAAAUUUAAACUCAAAUCACUUAAAGACUUGAUAGAAUAUGAAUUGGCUGGAUACGUUAAGACGAACUUAGUUUAUGGUAUUCUGAUAAAAGUUAAAGAGUUGGCAGAGAAAUAUAAUUUUAAUGAUCUUUUUGAAUAUUGUAAACUA